AUGUGUGGUAUUUUGGCCAUUUUUUCGUCCAAUGGCCAGUCCGUACAACCACGCCGUAUCCUGAACAGUGAGCAUAGUUUACGGGAAUUGGCCUAUCGCCUGAGUGGAAAGCAACGCCAUCGAGGCCCUGACGACACUGGUGUGGCGGUUGUUGAGAGUCAGGGCGUGGCUUUAAUGCACGAACGCCUCUCGGUGAUUGGCGUCGAGACGGGUCAUCAGCCACUGUACUCUGAGGAUGGUUCCAUUAUGUUGAUAGCCAAUGGCGAGAUUUACAACUAUCUCGAACUGGCCAAGGAUAUAGCCCAGGAGCGUGGGGGCUAUCAACCGAAGAGUGACAGCAAUGUGAUCAUUGAAUUGUAUGAGAAGUAUGGCAAGGAUUUGCUUAAUCACAUCACUGGCAUGUUCACGUUCGUUCUGUACGAUAAGAAGAAACGGGAAUUGCUAGUGGCCCGCGAUCCCUUUGGCAUUAUCCCCCUUUAUAUGGGCCAGGACGAUGCGGGUAAUCUUAUGUUUGCCUCUGAAAUGAAAUGUUUGAUAGGAAUUUGCCCACAACUGAAGAUUUUUCCACCUGGCCACUUUAUCCAGGGCCAGGUGAAACUUGAAUCAGAGACCAGACGCUACUAUGAUCCAAUUUGGAGGCAUGGCACACCAACUCAGCCAGUCGACUUGAGCGAACUAAGAAUGCAACUGGAGCGGGCUGUUCGAUCGCAUUUGCAAUGCGAUGUUCAGUUUGGAGCUUUGCUGUCAGGUGGCUUGGAUUCCAGUUUGAUAGCAUCGAUAGCCACGAAUGUAAUGCGGGAAAAGGAUCCAAAGUACCGUUUGCAUACAUUCUCUGUGGGUAUGAUAGGGUCUCCGGACUUUGAGCAUGCUCGCAUGGUGGCCCGUCAUAUAAAUAGCCACCACACUGAGAUUGCCUUUACCGUUGACGAUUGCCUGGACGGAGUGCGAGAUUUGAUUUAUCAUUUGGAGUCCUAUGACAUAUCCACUGUACGCUGCAGCCUUCCCAUGUUCUAUUUGGCCAGAUAUGUAAAGAGCACCGGCAUCAAAAUGAUACUAUCUGGCGAGGGAGCCGAUGAGAUAUUUGGUGGCUAUCUCUACUUCCAUCAAGCGCCCAAUUAUGAGGAGUUCCAUCAGGAAAUGGUCAAUCGGUGUGAGCAACUCCAUGUCUCCGACAUUUUGCGGGCCAACAAGGUAACCAUGUCCAAGGGUCUAGAGCUGCGAGUCCCAUUCCUAGACACAGCGUUUGUCAACUAUGUGAUGGGUAUACGUCCGCAGGAUAAAAUUCCAGGGUCCCUCAAUGAAUUUGAUGGUGUGCGAGAGAAGCGCAUCGAGAAGUUUAUUUUGCGUAAGGCUUUUGUCCAAAACUAUCUACCAGAUGCAGUACUUUGGAGGCAAAAGGAACAGUUCUCCGAUGGCGUGGGCUACGAUCUUAUCGAUGCCCUACCCAAGUUCGCUGCACGUCACGUGAGCGACGAUCAACUUCUAGAGGCUGUGAAACGUUUUCCCAUUAAUCCUCCAAAAACAAAAGAAGCUUUCUAUUAUCGCUGCAUAUUCGAGGAGCAGUUUCCGGGUGAAGCAGCUGCUAGAACUGUGGAGAAAUGGACACCGCGCAUGGAUUGGGGUUGUCCUGAAGAUCCGUCGGGUCGUGCCCAAAAGGCACAUGAUAAAUCCUAUGGCAAGUGCUAGAAGCCAUCUAUCGCUCUCCCUCUCUCUCUAUCUCUGACUCACUCUUUCCCAUGAUCUAUCUUCUCCAUCUCUUUCUGUCUCGAUCGAUCUCCUUCUCUCAUUUGUGUUGCAAACAGUCGUCAAACUAUCCAAUCUUGCAAAAAGAAAAACUUAUGUUCAUAUUAAUGGGUAAUUCUUAAUACUUAUCUUGCAUCCAGUGGAUUCUAUUCGCUGGUUCCUUUAGG